AUAAUCUAUGACACGCCCAUCAACAUUCCCUAGCUAUAGUCAGUGACGCCACGGCGUAUAUUUACGUAAAUCUGGCGCUCCCGUUUCCUGGCGGAGAAGAUGGCGGCUCCUGGACCGGGGGAGUAUUUCAGUGUCGGGAGCCAUGUCUCCUGCCUCACCUGCUUGGGGCAGCAAUUGCAAGGAGAGGUCGUUGCCUUUGACUAUCAGUCCAAGAUGUUGACUUUGAAAUGCGCCCCCUCCAGUGGAAAGGCUAACGUCAGCGACGUGGUCCUGAUUAACUUAGCCUACGUGUCUGAGGUGGACAUCAUUAAUGACCGCACUGAAACUCCUCCUCCACUAGCAUCUCUGAAUGUCAGCAAGCUUGCCAACAGAGCACGGUCGGAAAAGGAAGACAAGUUAUCCCAAGCAUAUGCAAUUAGUGCUGGAGUCUCCGUGGAGGGCCAACAGCUAUUCCAGACUAUACAUAAAACCAUCAAAGACUGCAAAUGGCAGGAGAAGAACAUCAUGGUGAUGGACGACGUGGUCAUAUCCCCACCUUACCAGGUGGAGAACUGCAAAGGCAAAGAGGGUAGCGCUUUAAGUCACGUACGCAAAAUAGUGGAGAAACAUUUUAGAGAUGUGGAGAGCCAGAAGUCGGUGCAACGGCCACAAGCACAGCAAACACAGAAAGACUCCACUUUAUCAUCUUGAGCCGGAGGUUCAGUCCGGAUAGGGGGUGUGGGAGGGGGAAUUGGUUGGGGGAGGUCACAACGGCAAAGGAAGUUUUGGUUUGUUCUUUUCUCUUCCCCUCUUCAACAUCAGACCAAGGCCAGUGUUCCACCCCCCCACCUCCAUCAGAGGUGUCCAACAUUUUGAACAGAACAAAAGGGGUCCCAACCGAGAGGGGAAAUAUCCAGUUCAUUUUUAAAGAUAAUCUAACAAAAGUAAUCUCAAUUUGCCACCAUUCCUCACCCACUCCUCUUCUUGACCUCUUACCUUCCCUUAUGUUUCUUCUCUCCUCCUGCCAUCAAGCCUGCUCCUCACUUCCAUUUCACAGAGAAAAGUCACUUGAUUUCUGUUCAUUGGUCGAUCUAUUUUCUAGUCAUUUUUCGUAAAUUUCAACAGUAGAAAUUUAUGGUAAGAGAUAAAGGACCUUUUCUAAUAUUGAAAUACUGUUUUGACAAGAACACAAAUUUUAAUAGCUUUCUUGAAAGCACAUGGUUAUUUUUUUAACAGCUGACUGAAAGGAUGCCAAUAGUGACACCGUGUGAAUGGGAUGAAUGGGAACUCUCACAAUCUUACAAACAUGCACCCAGUAGGUUAUUGAAAUUGCUGAUUUCCCUCAACUGGGGAAACACUCAAAUUGUGUUAACAUUAUGAAUCUGACAUAAAAUAGACUUGAAAUACCUCCCCCAAAUUGUCCUUUCAUAAAAAAUACAAGUUGUAAACACCCAUUUGGUUCUAGUAGCUUGAAAUAUUUUCAUGAAAUGCUUUCCUUUUUUCCAAACAGACAUGACUGUCUGCUUUUACCCAUAAGCUCUUGCUGCAUGGUCCCACCUGAACUAAAUUUGCUCUGUUUUUCUGUGUAUAGUUUUAAGUCUGGAAGCUAAAGAUAAGGGGCAUAUGUUAUUUUAGAGGCUGGGCUGUUUUCCUCUUCCCUUUCAUCCUUGUCCCUCAUGGUCUUUGAUUCUACAAUACAGUACCUCUUCCACGAUGGGACCACAUUGAAAUCCAGCUCUCUUACAUUCUCCAUCUCCCACUCUUAUUGUCUACCAACCAUUGACACACUUUGGCAGAUGAAAUCUGCUCUUCCGCCCGACUCAAUGCAUUCCUCCCAUGUUCAAACAAAAAACAAAUGAAUUAACCACGUUGGCCAAUAUCAUAUGGCGUGCCACUGAACCGUGUGCGAUGAGAUCGAUCUCAGUUCUGUAUGGGAUGCUUUGUAUUCACUUUUGGAAAAAAUGUACCUAAAGAUAUCUUGCCAUGUUUGAGACUGGGAUGGGGAGCAGGGUUCCCAAAGGCCCCUAUCCCAGCCUCGUGUUUAUAACAAUGUAGCCUGAUUGGAGGCUCGGCCAGUGGGGUUAAGUUGUGACAGGCAUCCGCGUUGUUUACCCGUCCACCGUGUGUCAACGAGGCUGCCGUUGCCAAGGUUUCCUUCCCAGUAUUUUAUUUUUUAUUUUUAAAUAGCUAGUAACAUGGAAAUAAAAAAGAGGGAAAAAAACGAA